UAAGGCGACCGGCAGGCUGUUCUGGGAACGCUGGGACUGAAGCCCUUUUUAGGGAGUCUGGAGAGGGAGAGCCGAGGGAGAGAGCUGGCGGAACCCUCCGGAGACGCUGUGAGACGGCUCCUCCGCGGCUCGUGGGAACCCUAGCCGGGACACGGAGUGUCAUGUGACCAUCACCGCCCCGCCUCCGCAGAGGGGAGAAGUCACCUGGCCGGCUCGUCAAACGACGCCGCCGCUGCCGCUGCGUCCAAUCGCCUCGGGAGAGACUUAACGCUGAGGGACUUAGCGCUGCUCAGAGCAAACAUUCGCUCUAGGAAACCCCCCCCCCCCCUCCCUCCUCCCACGUUAUUCCUCUGUGGGGAACAGUGUAUGUUUACACUGUACAGUGUGCGGGUCUCUCCUUCAGAAUUCGCCACCCUCACAGCUGACAGAGGAACCGGGUAAGCGGAGGAGUGGGCGUUUCUUUUUUUGGGAAACGGGGAUCCCGCGAACUUUGCCGUCCCUGGAGUACACCAACCCCGCUCCCUUUUCGGUGGAAUGUCACAAGACGCUCAGGAGAAAGAAAAACAAGAGCACCGCCACCACCAACAACAACAACAACAACAACAACAACAACGGACGAGAAAGAGCGCGGCGCGGCAGAGGCGUUAGGUCAGCGGGUGGAGCGGCGGCGGCGACUGUUGCCUGGCAGCGGCAGUUGCCCGGCGAUGGCGUCGACGCUGAUGGGCGUUCAGGACGCGCUCUUCGCCGGCCGCGGGCUGCUGUGGAACCUGACGGCCACGGCCCUGAGGAGGUGGCACGUCAUGAACCUGCGAGUCGUCCACCUGGUCCUCCGGCACAGGUGCAUCCCCCGGGCCGUGUACCAGAUGACGGAGGGGCGGCGAUGUCAGGUCCAUCUCCUCGACGACCGGAAGCUGGAGCUCCUGGUGCAGCCCAAACUGAUGGCUAAAGACCUGCUGGACCUGGUUGCCUCCCACUUCAAUCUGAAAGAGAAGGAGUACUUUGGGAUAUCCUACACUGAUGAAACGGGCCAUUUCAGCUGGCUGCAGCUGGACCGCAGGGUCCUGGAGCACGAGUUCCCCAAGAAGUCCGGGCCGGUGGUUCUGUUCUUCUGCGUCAGGUUUUACAUUGAAAGUAUAUCCUACCUGAAGGACAAUGCCACGAUCGAGCUGUUUUUCCUCAAUGCAAAGUCUUGCAUCUACAAGGAGCUCAUCGAGGUGGACAGCGAGGUGGUCUUUGAGCUGGCCUCCUACAUUCUGCAGGAGGCGAAAGGGGACUUCACCAGCAACGAGGCGACGAGAGCCGACCUGAAGAAGCUGCCGGCGCUGCCCAUGCAGGCCCUGAAGGAGCACCCGUCUCUGGCCUACUGUGAGGACCGCGUGAUCGAGCACUACAAGAAGCUCAGCGGCCAGUCCAGAGGCCAGGCUAUCGUCAACUACAUGAGCAUUGUGGAGUCCCUCCCCACCUACGGAGUCCAUUACUACGCUGUGAAGGACAAGCAGGGUAUUCCGUGGUGGCUGGGGCUGAGCUACAAAGGCAUCUUUCAGUACGACCACCAAGACAAAGUGAAGCCCAGAAAGGUGUUCCAAUGGAGGCAGCUGGAGAACCUGUACUUCAGAGAGAAGAAGUUUUCUGUGGAAGUUCAUGACCCUCGCAGCAGGGCGUCGGUGACCCGAAGGACGUUUGGCCACAGUGGCAUCGCGGUGCACACCUGGUAUGCCUGCCCCGCCCUGAUCAAGUCCAUCUGGGCCAUGGCCAUCAGCCAGCACCAGUUCUACCUGGACAGAAAGCAAAGCAAGUCGAAAAUCCAUGCAGCGAGGAGCCUGAGCGAGAUCGCCAUCGACCUGACGGAGACCGGAACUCUGAAGACGUCCAAACUGGCCAACAUGGGCAGCAAGGGCAAGAUCAUCAGCGCGGCAGCAUGCGGCAGCCACGGCCAUCACGCGAGCGACUGCUCCCAGGAGUCGGACAGCUCUCAGACUGCUAAGAAGGACAUGCUGGUUGCCCUCAAGGCCAGACAGGAAGCCCUGGAGGAGACGCUGCGGCAGCGACUGGAGGAGCUGAAGAAUGUCUGCAUAAGAGAGGCGGAGCUGACCGGGAAGUUGCCCAAGGAGUACCCCCUGGACCCGGGGGAGGAGCCGCCCACGGUCCGCCGGAAGAUCGGCACGGCCUUCAAACUGGACGAGCAGAAGAUCCUGCCCAAGGGGGAGGAGGAGGAGCUGGAGAGGCUGGAGCGGGAGUUCGCCAUCCAGUCGCAGAUCACGGAGGCGGCGCGGCGGCUGGCCAGCGACCCCCACGUCAGCAGCAAGAAGCUGAAGAAGCAGCGGAAGACCUCCUACCUGAACGCCCUCAGGAAGCUGCAGGACAUCGAGAACGCCAUCAACGAGCACCGCGUCCGCUCGGGCAAGAAGCCCACGCAGCGCGCCUCCCUCAUCAUCGAGGAGGCGAACAUCGGUUCUGAAGACAGCUCCCUGUCCGACGCCCUUGUCCUCGAUGACGACGACCCUCAGGUGACGGGCCCCUUUUCGCCCACUGCCUCCCCGCACCGGGGCCUGCCGCCCCGCCCCCCGUCCCACGGCCGGCCCCCGCCCCCGCAGUCCCUGGAGGGGCUCCGCCACCUGCACUACCAGCGCAGCGACUACGACAAGUCGCCCAUCAAGCCCAAGCAGUGGAGCGAGUCCUCGCUGGACGAGCCGUACGAGCGCGUCAAGAAGCGCUCCUCCCACGGCCACGCCGGCAGUCACAGGCGUUUCCCCAGCACGGGCAGCUGUACGGAGGCCGGGGGCACCAACUCCCUGCAGAACAGCCCGGUCCGGGGCCUCCCCCCCUGGAGCUCCCAGUCCAGCAUGCCCUCCACCCCCGACCUGAGGACCCGCGUGCCCCACUACAUCCACUCCACCAGGUCGGUGGACAUCAGCCCCACGCAGCUGCACAGCCUGGCGCAGCACUUCCGCAACCGCAGCUCCAGCCUGGAGUCGCAGGGCAAGCCGCUGGGCUCGGAGCCCGAGACGGGCAGCCCGGACCUGCGCACGCCGGGCACGCGCAGCAGCAACGGGUCCGACCCGCUGGACGACUGCUCGUCCUGCGCCAGCCACUCCAGCUCCGAGCACUACUACCCCGCCGCGCCCUCCUCCUCCUCCUCGUCCGCCGCCGGCGCCCCCGGCAACCACGGCUACUCCACGCUGGCCGAGGACUCGCCCUCCAAGGCCCGGCAGCGGCAGCGGCAGCGGCACCGCUCGGCGGGCCAGCUGGGCUCGUCCGGCUCGGGCAGCAUGCCCAACCUGGCGGCGCGCAACGGGCACCAGGCGGGCGGGGUCUACCUGCAGAGCCAGAGCCAGCCGUCCUCGCAGUACCGCAUCCGGGAGUACCCGCUGUACGUGGAGGGCAGCGCCGCGCCCAUGGUGGUGCGCAGCCUGGAGAGCGACCAGGAGGGCCACUACAGCGUCAAGGCCCAGUUCAAGACCUCCAGCUCCUACACGGCGGGGGGGCUGUACAAGGAGAGCUGGGGCGGGGGGCCGGAGGAGGGGGGCGAGGGCGGAGGGCGCCUCACCCCGUCCCGCUCCCAGAUCGUGCGGACCCCCUCCCUGGGGCGCGAGGGGGGCGGCGGGGGCGGGAGGGUGGUGGUCUCGGACGAGCUGCGGUGCUGGUACCAGCGCUCCUCGGGGUCGCUGAAGGAGCACGGCAGGCUGUCCCACACCAGCUCCAACGCCUCGGACGGGGGGUCCCAGUACGGGACGCUCCAGAGCCCUGUGGGACGCUCGGGCAGAGCCAGCGCCCUCUCCAAGGGCUCCUCAGCUGCCUCGCCCCACAGUCAGAGGAGUAUGACUCCCUCCAGUGAUGCAGCCGCCACGCCGCCCGGCAGCCCUCAGCACAUACUCAGCUGGCAGAGCGACUCCUUCAGCGACUGCUGUUUCCUGGACGACAGCCCCCUGUAUUCGGAACUAGCGGACAUGCAGUGGUAUGGGCGAGAGAAGGCCAAGCCGGGGACGCUGGUCUGACCCUCUUUGCUGUUGACUCCUCCCCCUCCUCUUCCU